GAAAUCCCUGUUUCUUGCACUGAACGAGGUUGCACGCUUUCUCUCACACCUCUCCUCUCUCUCUCUCUUCUCUCUCUCUCUCUCUCUCUAACCCCCAGAUGUUAAGCUACAGCCUACAGUAUACCAACAAACAAAAUGAAGCCUAACGUCUAGUUUUCUUCAUUCCUUUCAUUUCCAAACCCAUAAGGAACACAAAGUUUGUGUCUUUUCUAAUCGACUGCAAUGUCAUCCUCCUCUGCAACUGCAUUAACAGCAACAAGAAGGCUAAAAUGGCAGUAUCCACCACCCCAACCAACCCCAAGAAUCCUCCACCUCCCGCGGAGGCCACGCCGGAGAGCUCCCAAGAGCGUCCAUGGUGGAAAACCCAAUUCAGGGGAGGCCAAGAAGGACCACAUGGGAAAGCUGGAGGCUCUGUUCGAUCAAGAGAGAGCGUUUUCGAGAACCCAUUUGCCGGUUGUGCUUCUUGAGUGUGGGGAUGGGGAGGAGAGAGAGAGGAGGAGAGAGAGGGUUAGAGAGGGGGAGGAUGAUGAUGGUGGUGGUGGAGUGGUGGAGGAGGAGAGGUGGAGGUUUCAGGCUGAGAUGUUGAGGGCGGAGUGUAAUUUGUUGAGGAUGGAGAAGGAGAUUGCUGUUAAGAAAAUGGAGAGGACCAAGGUUAAGAUGGAGAGGACUCUUAAAUCUGCUGUGCACACUCUUGUUUCCGGGCGAAAGAAGAUUUGUGACGGAAAGAAUAUUAGUAUCGUAUUGGAGGAAGAGAUUCAACACUUGGCAGAGAAACUAGAGAAGUUGCAAAGAAAUUUAGGAGUUAAGGAUUUGGAGGUUCGGAAGAACUCUGGUAAUUUUGAUAAACAAGCCUAUCUUCUCCAAAGACAGCUUCAGAAGUUUAAGAGGACAUCAGAUGAGAUAUGUGUGAAGGAGAUCCAAGAGAUGGCAGAAGCAAGCCUGUCGAUCAAAACAAGCUCUCGAGUAAAUGAGAACUCGGUUUCAAGUGGCAAAUGCAAUGUGGAGAUUCUGAGAAGGAAAAUGGAGGGAUUGUCGAAAGGGAUGUUAUUAGAGAAGAUGAAGGAAGAGUAUGGUUCAAUGCUGUCUACGGCCAAUAGUUCAGUUGCCAGUUCUGCCUCUUCUUCCCAGAGAAUUGAAGCCGCAAAUUUGUCCUCUUCCUUGGUACAACAAUUUCAUUGGGAGAAAGAGUCUCGUGAAGAGAACGUGUGCUCAGGACGUUGCAAGGCAAUAGUUCGAAGAAUUGUAGAGCAAGUACGAGUAGAGACAGAGCAAUGGUCUCAGAUGCAGGAGAUACUGGGGCAGGUGAGGGAGGAGAUGGUUGAAUUGCAGACUUCUCGGGACUUUUGGGAAGAUCGGGCUCUAGAUUCUGAUUAUCAGAUCCAAUCCUUACGCUCCGCUGUGCAUGAAUGGAGACAUAAAGCUGUUUCAGCUGUGAGCAAAACAAAGGAGUUACAAGCACAAGUGUCAAUGCUCCACGGAGAGCUUGACAGGUUGAGGAAUGAAGAAAGCACAAGAGUAAUGAGGGCCAACAGCUCGCCAUUUAUUCCCCGAAAUCCACAGAAUGAAAUGGAAAAGCGGGUACUGAUUUGUCAUUUGAAGGAAAAUCAGCUUACCAAAGAAGACAGCCGCAAGCAAAGGGUGGGUUUAACAGAUGGAAGAAAUAAACCAGACACAUGCACUAACAGAACAACUAUUGUGCCGAAGAGAUCACCAUUUCGAGACAUGGGAAACACCUCAUUUGCUGCCAGGCAGAACCCCAAAGCAAUCUUCCAUCUGCCUUGUCAUCCACCUUCCAAAACAUAGAAAAGUUUUGAGAUUCAGUACGUGGAUAAUCUUGGGAAUCUUCAUCUUCUGUAGGAAAAUCUUCCUCUUUUCUGACCAUGUUAACUGUACGGCACAUUGGAAGGUCUUUGUUCUAAUUUCAAUAGGAGAUCGAGCAUUACCAAUUCAAGAGGGUUGGUGGGUUGAAAUCCUGAGUUUCCAAUAUUUGUCGUGGAUUUCGACUUACUGAAUCAAUUACUUGCCAACAAAUAUGGUCACUUAU